UGUCCCACAAUGUCGUCUCCGUUACCCGUUGAAGAAUGAGCCAGUGAGAAAAGGACUGCGAUUCACACAGAAGAUUAUGUUUUAAUGACCUCAAAUUAUGUGCCUUUGAAAGAUUUUCGAGACUUUCGAUGUAUGUUUACGCGUUUUAAUGCUGUUGCGCUUAGUUACAGGCCUCAGGGAGUUGUUUGCCUGUGUUUAGUAACUGAUUAAUGUGAGGCUCAUCCGCUAACGUUAGUCGGUUAGCAAAGCGCCUUUGCCGCUGCGAUGAUGGAAUCUUGAGCAGCUCAAAGCAAACACUCAUCGAGCUCUCCAGACCACCCAAACACAGGACUCCUGUGCCAGGCAGCAAAAUGCAGACCAUAAAGUGUGUUGUUGUUGGUGAUGGUGCAGUGGGAAAGACCUGCCUGUUGAUCUCCUACACCACCAAUGCCUUCCCAGACGAGUACAUUCCCACAGUGUUCGACAACUACAGCACUCAAACCUGUGUGGACGGGCGUGCUGUCAGCCUCAACCUGUGGGACACCGCCGGUCAGGAGGAGUACGACCGCCUGCGAACCCUCUCCUACCCGCAGACACACGUCUUCAUCAUCUGUUUCUCUGUGGCUAGUCCUUCCUCUCACGCCAACGUCAGGCAUAAAUGGCACCCGGAGGUCUGCCACCACUGUCCUGGCGUACCCGUGCUGCUGGUGGGCACCAAGAGAGACCUACGAGGGGACAAGGAGACCCUGGAGAAGCUGAAGGAGCAGGGGAUGAGUCCGACCACUCCACAGCAAGGCAGUGCACUGGCCCGCAGCAUCGGCGCAGUGCGAUAUCUGGAGUGCUCGGCUCUUCUCCAGGAGGGUGUCCGAGAGGUCUUCAAUGAAGCAGUUCGGGCUGUUCUCUACCCCAACGCCAAGAAGCACACCAAGAAAUGUGUGCUGCUAUAACAACAUGAGGGUGUGCGUGUGAGAGAGAUUUUAUGAAGGGUGGAAUGUAAGUUAGUCAUGUGAUGGUCUCUGCAAAUGGUUGUUGCUACCACUUUUUGUCCGUAUCUCUACACUACAGUUAGCAAUAGGUGCACAGGCUGUGAUUGAGGUGAUUGAGAGAGAGUGUAUGUGUGAGUGAUUGUGUAUUUGCAUUGUUACUUUACAUAUCACCAUAGUCAGGCAGACAAGGCAGUGGAUUUGUCUAAAGGACUACAGGCAUCUUCAACAUCUGCCUUCUUAUAAUGCCUUAAAACCCCAGUGUAACUUUAGGAAUCACUCAGAGGAUAUUUCUUGCACCAAAGUGUAAUUUCAGUCUAAAAUGUGACGGGAGGUCUUAUAAAGGUGCUGUUUUUCCCUGGCUGCAUAAGUAAAACAAUUAUGAGGGCUCGCAGUCUUCCUUCCAGAGUCCCUGUGGCCUAUAGGUUUGAUAGCACAACGUGCCAUGUUUGCCUGUGUUGCUGCCUGUUAAUGAUCUCUGACCUUUCUAGGGUUGAUCGACUUUUAAAUCAGGAAACCCUCAGCGUGCCUUUUAGGGCUCGACCCUUACUCAGCCAUUUCUGACAUCUCACAAACUUUUUCCUCUGGGCUCAUUUCAUCUAGGGUGCUACUUAGGGUGCCAGUUGAUGUUUGUUUUCUGGAAAGGGCUGCUGAAAGUUUACAGAACGCUGCCGUAGCUCACCUGCCUCCUCUUAGAGAUGCAAAUGAAGGGAUAUAGCGCUGUUUUAUAUCACUCUUGGGGUAGAAAUGAAGAUCUUUCCGUUUGGCUUGGUGUGUGCCUCACAAUUUCCAACCGUUAUUGAAUCUGAAGUGCCACUAAUAUUUGUAUCAUUUUGUAUUUUAUCAUGAAUGUUAAUCCACUCCUGUAAAGUGCCCUAAUAUAAACUUAUGCCAGAGAUAAACUUACAUUGAACAUCCAGGCUGUGGUUAAUGUACACAAACACUCAGAACAUUCAGGUUUCAUUUGGGUCCACAUUUACAUUUUAUAUAUUGAAUGUCUACCUUUUGUAUAAUAAACAUCAUCUGUUUCUUUAACAGCCAAAGGCUGGUUUCUCAACCGUUUUCUGUUUAGGACAUCAAUAACGCACCAAAAAUUGGCUUUAUUUUGUAUUAAAGCUGUUUUUAUUUCUUGAAACUGUCAUUAUCUUUAAGAAUAUACCUCCAAUUGCAUGAGAAAAUAAACCAGUUUUAAAGUAAAA